AGUUCACGCAAGUGAGAAAAGUUCUCUGAUCGCCAUUCACUUGGGAGUGGCCAGAAACGAUUCUUUUACACAUGGCUCAAGCAGCCCACUACUUCCGGUCUUUGACCAAGUAUCCUCUGGGUUCGAAGGCGAGCUAAUGUGAGAAGGCGAAACAUCCCCUACAUAGGGUUGUGCGCUGGGUUUGGGAACCGCCACGUAAGAAAACACCCCCAAUGAAAAGAAGCAACAAGCCUCGGAUGAGAGACCCCCCUUUUUAUGACGACCAUGGAAAACGAAGUAAGGACUACGAUUUGAGGGCACGCACCUGGAAUGUCCGGACCCUUAAUUGGGAAGGUGCCGCUGCCCAGCUGGUUGAUGUCCUCGCGAAAAUAAAGGCUGACAUCACCGCCGUCAAAGAAAUGCGAUGGACGGGACAAGGACAGAGAAGAGUAGGUCCUUGUGACAUUUACUACAGUGGCCAUAUAAAGGAGCGCAAGUUUGGUGUUGGAUUAGUGGUGGCAGAGAGACUCCGUCGCCGAGUACUAUCAUUCACUCCGGUGAUUGAACGUCUAGCCACAAUCCGCAUCAAAGCGAGGUUCUUCAACAUAUCGCUGAUUUGCGCCAACACCCCGACGGAAGAGAAGGACGAGGUGACCAAAGAUGCCUUCUAUGAGCGCUUGGAGCGCGCUUAUGAGAGCUGCCCCCGCCACGAUGUCAAAAUCAUGCUUGGCGGCUUUAACGCCAAGGUGGGCAAAGAAGGUAUCUUUGGCACUACGGUCGGUAAAUUCAGCCUCCACGACGAAAUAUCCCCCAAUGGGUUGAGGCUGAUUGACUUCGCCGGGGCCCGAAAUAUGGUUAUCUGUAGUACUAGAUUCCAGCAUAAGAAGAUUCAUCAAGCUACCUGGCUGUCUCCGGAUCGAAAAACUACCAACCAGAUCGAUCAUGUUGUGAAAGACGGAAAACACGUCUCCAGUGUUUUAGACGUGCGUGCGCUCCGAGGUCCUAACAUCGACUCGGACCACUAUCUUGUUACAGCCAAGAUUCGCACCCGCCUCUGUGCAGCAAAAACGCACACCAAAAAACACAAGGAAGGUUCGACGUCGAGAAGUUGCAAUCACAACAGACAGCCGAACGAUUUUCUACUCGGCUUGCACUCCUGCUCUCUGAGAACACUCGUCAACAACUCGGUAUAAGGGAACUGUGGGACGGCAUUUCAAAUUCCUUACGUACAGCUGCAACCGAAGCCAUUGGUUUUCGGAAAGUGCAAAAGAACAGCUGGUACGACGAGGAGUGCCGUGUCGCAGCGGAGAAAAAACAGGCUGCCUACCUCGCAACGUUACGAUCGACCACUACACGUGCGGGAUGGGAUAGAUACCGAGACUUGAAGAGGGAAGCGAGACGCAUUUGCAGACAGAAGAAGAAAGAGGCCGAAAUGCGUGAGUCCGAAGAGCUUGAUAAGCUGGCCGACAGGGGUAAUGCUCGAAAAUUCUACGAAAAAAUGCGGCGGCUUACAGAAGGUUUCAAGACCGGAGCAUACUCUUGUAGAACCCCCAAAGUUGAUCUAGUCACUGAUGCCCAGAGCAUACUUAAAUUAUGGAAGGACCACUUCUCCAGCCUGCUGAAUGGCAGUAAACGCACAACGCCAGGAGAAGGCGGACCCGAUUCCCCAAUCGAUGACGAUGGAGCAGACGUUCCAUUGCCCGACCAUGAAGAAGUUCGAAUAGCAAUUGCCCGCCUGAAGAACAACAAAGCGGGGCCGGGGAAGAACUGAUAAGGGGCAUGCAUCAGCUUCUUUGUAAAAUAUGGUCGGACGAAAGCAUACGAUUGGAAUUUAAGCGUGCUAUGCCCAAUCCAUAAAAAAGGAGACCCCACAAUCUGCGCCAAUUACCGUGGGAUUAGCCUCCUCAACAUCGCAUAUAAGGUUCUACCGAGCGUAUUGUAUUAAAGCACACCGUCAACAAACUGAUUGGACCUUAUCAGUGUGGCUUCAGACCUGGCAAAUCAACAACCGACCAGAUAUUCACCAU